GCAAUUCAACUCAAACAUUUCUUGAAUUUUCUUGGCCCGUCACCUGAUUCCACUUGCAACUUGUAAACAUUGCACUUGAAAUUUUGAAUUUAAUCCUAAAUUUUAAAUUGUACCUGCUUUUACCCACGUUAACGUAAAUAACAAAUAAUGUCGAUUGCAUGACAUGUCCUGCCUUCUCUGUUUGACCGAAUUCUCUGGCGACGACCCAGCAAAAUCCCGCAAUAAUGAUGCAGCCCCCAGAAAAAUACGAAUCUCCACCCUGUGCCAAUUAUUGCUGGCAUCGCGUCCUCGUAAUUGUACAAUUUAUGAUGAAAACGUUACUUCUCAACUUGCCGAGGAUGACGAUACGUGCGAAUUUUGUCCCAGUUGUGGUCCCGUGAUGACUGAGGUGGAAGAAAUUCGGGAUCAAAUGGCCCUUCUGGAGGGUCAAAUUAGAACGAAAUUUGCGCAAAUUCGGGCCACAAUAACUUCCUCGUUACACAAUGAGGGUCAGGAUAAAAUUAGUAAGAUAAGGGACAUCAUUCUCCGUGUCACAGACGGAAUCAAUAACCAGAGGAACGGCAACUUCGCAUUGGAUGAGUUCGAAGUUAAAAUAGAACAAGUCGAAUUUCAUGACCAUGAGACCGUGAUCGAUGAGGAAUUGUUAAGUAGUUAUCAUCAUCCGUACGACUUGACCAAUCCUGAAGUAGAUUCGGACGAGGAGAACGACCUGAAAAUGGACCCCCUUCAACUGGACGAUGAUGACGACGAUUCCGCAUUUUGUAUCAUUCCUUGCUCGCAAAAAAAGCAGAAAUCUACACAAGCAAAAACUCAAAAGUCUACAAAACCCAGGUCAAAACCUGCCCGUAAGGAUCAAAUUAAAAGAAAACGGGAAAUUUCUCUCGCUAAAAAGCCAGAAAAGACCACACCACCAAUAAAAUGUGUAAAACUGGAGCCACGACCAAACCUCGAACGAACGCGACCCUCACCUCGGAUCAAACCUCAAGCCCAACCCCCAAAAGAACCAAUCACCAAGGAAAAGGUAUCGUCAACUCGAUCAAUUCCGCACGUAAAGUCUGAGCCAAACUCCUCCAACGAAAAUGACGAUUGGGAUCCUACCGACAUGGACGACACCGAGGUUGACAAGGUCAUCCCCUCCUCCAAACGGUACCCCCUGCCUCUCAAAUGUACUUCCUGCGCCAAAUCUUUUUCCACCGAAUCCAUGUUGACCCGUCACAUGGCGCGCGACCAUCGCUACCAUUGUCACGUGUGCCCUGUCAAACUGCGUCGUUCACAUGCCCUUACCGCCCACAUGAGACAGGUCCACCCAGGCAUUCUUGCCUACCCAUGUUCCCUCUGCGAUAAGAAAUUCAAGAGCAGCAAGGCCCGGGCUGCCCACAUGAUCACGCGGCAUGAGGAAGGCGAGAAAAAAUUCCCCUGUGCCAAGUGUGAUAAGCGUUUCUGCCGCGUGGAAAAUUUGGAGAGACAUUUGGAAUUGCACGAGGUCGAGGGGGUCAAACCGAUCGUGUGUGACGUGUGCGAUGAUCGAUUUGAGGACGACGAGCGGUUGAGAAAACACAUGGAUAGGCAUAAUGCGGUCACGUGUCACUUGUGUGGAGUUGUGUGUACUACUAAAUGGGGGAUGGACAGACACAUGCGCAUCCACACUGGUGAAAAACCGGAGAAAUGUGACCAGUGCGGGGCAUCCUUCAUCGAUAAGACGAGCCUAAAAAAUCACAUCGCGAAGGAGCACUCGUCCAAGAAGCAUGUCUGUCACAUUUGUGGGAGAGGCUUCUACCUCCCAGUCUCCCUCAGGCGUCACAUUGAUUUGCACGAGGGCCGUUUUCCCUACGAGUGCGAACCCUGCGGAGAAAAAUUCCGUAUGAAUAGCACCUUCCAAUCCCAUAAGGUCAAAGUUCAUGGGGCAGACCCCUUCGUUUGCGACGUGUGCGGAUCAACUUUUACAUGCGCGAAAAGACUUCGUGAGCACAAGCUGACUCACGGAGGAAUAAAACGACACCAAUGUGAAAUUGCAUCAGGCUUUAAACCUUGGUCGGGCAUUCGCCUAUCUCGCAAUGUUUCUUGCCCGGGCACAGGAUACCCCUGCCCGACCAAGAUCUGUGGCGCCUGCUUUCUCCGAAAAUUUCAGCUGGAUGCUCACCUACGGGUUCACACGAACGAGCGCCCCUUCCCCUGCCCCCACUGCGACAAGGCGUUCAAACAGAGUAAAGCCCUGACUGUGCAUGUCCUCCGGUUGCACACGCCCGGCUACGUCGCCCCGAUCCGGUACCCGUGUCCCCACUGCGACAAGGGCUACACCCACAAUCACUAUCUCCAAGCGCACAUUCGCCAAGUGCACACGGGGGAGCGGCCCUUUGUCUGCGACCAGAUCGGAUGUGGGAAAGGGUUCGCUAAAAAAACGUCGCUCUACUUGCACCUGAAGGGACAUCAUGGUCUCAUCAUGGAGAAGAAGAUAGACAGACUACCACCGGGGAAGAGGAGGUUCCCCAGACGUACAUGAAUGUAGAGGGAAGUAUGGACAAAUAAUAAUUUAACUGGAAUACGAUAAUUCCCAAUGUAAAACUAUUUAUGCAACUAAUGCGAUACACAGUUAUUGUUCUUAUGUAUGAAGAGAAGAGAAGUAUGCACUCUUAAAAAUAAUGGUACCCUUUCAAAAAGUAAAUCCGCUCUCAAUUCCAUAGUAAACUAUAUGUAUUAAAUCCAGAGUUAAGUUAACUUGACAAGGAGUGAGUAAAGUUUACGCUGUAUUACAUAGAAUACAGCGUACAUACAAUACAAUAUACAAUAUAGAGUGCAUGUACUUUUCAGAAGGGUUCCAUCAUUUUUAAGAAGGGUUAUUUUUAAUCCACCAGACUUUUAAUUGAAAUCACAUAACUAAAUAUAUUGAAAUCGCAUAACUUGAAUUUACAGUGCUUUAAUUCGAUUAAAAAACUGUAAAAUUGAAA